AUGGUAGCCUGCUACGCAGGCUUCUUGGACAUCGUGGUCCUGCUGAGCGGGUGCCCCUACGUGGACAUCAACCACCAGGACAAUGACGGCAACACAGCCCUCAUGAUUGCAGCCCAGGCAGGCCACGACAUGAUUGUGAACUACCUGCUGAACUACUACCCCGGCCUGGAGGUCGACAAGAGAGACGCCCGGGGCCUGACCGCGCUCAUGAAGGCCGCGAUACAGGGAUGCAACAACUGUGUCACCGCGCUGGUCCUGGCGGGGGCUGACCUGAACGCAGUGGACCCAGUCAAAGGGAAGACGGCUCGUGAGUGGGCGGUGUUCACUGGGCGCUUCGAGACCAUCGUGCAGAUCCGGCGCCUGUUGCAGCGGCCUCGGGCCGAGCAGUUCAGCAGCGAGUACUUGCCCGAGUGGCCAGCCCUGCCCGAGCUGGUGGCCAAGGCGCUGGCCACGAAAACCAGGGGCGAGCGGAUGCAAGAGAAGAUCCGCUCCAGUUUCAGCUUCCGCUUCCCACACGACCCCGAGGUGGACGGGGUGAUGGACCACAUGGUCAAGAUAACCACCAGCCUGGCCAGCCCCUUUGUGUCCACUGCUUGCCAGACCAUCUGCCCCCUGAGCCCUCCAGAGGUGGGCAAGCGCAGACUAGCUGUGCCAGAGAUCCUCAGGGCACAGGUGCCCAACGCCGAGCCCCCAGCCGAGGCCAAGACAUGCUCUGGGGCCGAGGAGCUCCCCGGCUGUAGCCAGCCUCCAGCCCUGGCCUCAUCCCAGCCCCGUGGUAGCAUGCCCAGCUUCCUGCCCCUGCGGCUGCUGCGCAGAAGCAGCAUCUUCCCCGAGGACCAUGUCCCCAGGAUCAAGCUGACCAAGCCACCCGCCCCGCCAGCCUCCGCGGAGGAGCAGCCGGAGGAGUCGCAGGACAGGAACACGCUGCGGCUGCCCAAAUGGAGGUACAAGGAGCUGCGGGAAAAGAGGAGAGCAGCCAAGGAGUUAGAGGAGGGAAGCUGAGGGAUGGGGACACGGGGAGCCCUGGACAAAGGCCUAAGAUGUGUCCAUUCUGGCCACCCCAUGGAUGCACUGGGAGCAUGGCUAGGGUUGGGCAAGGAUACAGGGCUCCUGCCCAACCCUAGCACUUUGCUUUCCCUGCUUCGACAUUAGACCCCCUGCCCCGAAAGGCUGCUGAAGGCUCAGCAGCACAGUGCCCGGCCCCUACAUGUCCUGCCACCCCAGGCAUAUCUGGGGUGGCAUAUCUGGUGCCCAGAGAGUGGACUGGCCACGAUGGCACGGAGGGGUCUAUGGGCCUUGGGCACUUCAGUGCCCAGCCUGCUGCAUCCUGGCCUCAGGCCUCUGCAGGGCUCCCUUGGGCUGCAGGAGGUGAAGGAAACGGACCCAUCCCAUGGGGUGACCUCCGUCUCUGUCCCGUGUCACCAGCAUCUCGCCCUCGCAGCGCAGUCGUGGGGCGCGGCAGGUCCAUUAAACGCGGAGUGGUUGCCGUGUUAAGAGCUUUAUUACGACCUGAGCCUCAAGGCUGGUGAUGCGGCGGCUAACAGUGCUUUGUCCUUUUUCCGGGCAUCUCCCCCAGGAGAG